UCCCGCGCGCCGCAGCUUUAAGAGGCUGUUCGGCGAUAGCGAGCCGGGCCGGAGCCGCAGCCGGAGCCAGCGGAACUGAGCGAGCAGGCAGGUGCACGGCUGUGGGGACGACAGCGGCAUGACUGGCCACCACGGCUGGGGCUACGGCCAGAACGACGGCCCCUCACAGUGGCACAAGUUGUAUCCCAUUGCCCAGGGAGACCGCCAGUCACCAAUCAACAUCGUGUCCAGCCAGGCUGUGUACUCGCCCAGCCUGAAGCCACUGGAGCUUUCCUACGAGGCCUGCAUAUCCCUCAGCAUCGCCAACAAUGGCCACUCUGUCCAGGUGGACUUCAAUGAUAGCGAUGAUCGAACUGUGGUGACUGGGGGGCCCUUGGAUGGGCCAUACCGGCUCAAGCAGUUCCAUUUCCACUGGGGCAAGAAGCACAGUGUGGGCUCAGAGCACACGGUGGAUGGCAAGUCAUUCCCCAGUGAGCUGCACCUCGUGCACUGGAACGCCAAGAAGUACAGCACCUUUGGGGAGGCAGCCUCAGCACCUGACGGCCUGGCUGUGGUCGGUGUCUUCUUGGAGACAGGGAAUGAGCACCCCAGCAUGAACCGUCUGACAGAUGCGCUCUACAUGGUUCGGUUUAAGGGAACCAAGGCCCAGUUCAGCUGCUUCAACCCCAAGUGCCUCCUGCCUGCCAGCCGGCACUACUGGACCUACCCGGGCUCCCUGACGACGCCCCCACUGAGCGAGAGUGUCACCUGGAUCGUGCUCCGGGAACCUAUCAGCAUCUCAGAGAGGCAGAUGGAGAAGUUCCGAAGCCUGCUUUUCACCUCAGAGGACGAUGAGAGAAUCCACAUGGUAAACAACUUCCGGCCACCACAGCCACUGAAGGGCCGUGUGGUCAAGGCCUCUUUCCAGGCCUGAGCUGCCUACCUACCCAGCUGGCCACUAGAGUACCAUUUUCCCAAGGGCUUCCACGUCAGCAGACACCAAACCAUCUGAGGCUCCCUGCCUGGGGGGUGCUGCGGACCCCCCCAUUCAGCUGGCUUGCUCCAUGGCCACCCUGGAGGAUUCUUGAUGGGACCCUCAAGUCAAGGGCACCCUUCAGCUGGGGACAGGAAGGACAGGAGCUGAGCACAGUCCAAGCCUGACGCUGCCUCUGCUCUCCAAGACCCAAAGGUCCCUGGGAAUCCCCACUGGCAGUGACAGCAGCCCCACCCUGAGCUCACACUGUGAUGGACGAGACUGAGCUCCCUGGGGCAGGCAGCCGACAUUGCCAGAAAGACUCAAGCAAUAAUUAGAGGUGGGCAGAGCUGCCCUCUCGGCGUUACCUCUUCUGCAGGCCUCUGCCACGCACGAACCUCACUGCCGGGCCAUUAAAAUCAGCACCCAGCCUGCUGGAGAUGACAUGGCCUUUUCCCUCCAGCCACCUGCUGCCAUGGGCAGACACUGGCUAUGGCUUAGGGUAGUAUCUUCCCUCAUCCCCACCCAGCCACCAGAGCCACUUACAUGACAAUCCAUCCAUGCAAUGAUUAAUAAACUCAUUUAUUCCUGCAACAAA